AUGGGCCAAGUGGCUGUCUUGGGCAGAAUACUGGUGUUAUAUGGGCGUGAUCCGCCAGCCUUAAUCCGGUAUUCAGAGGGAUCCACUUCUGUCCUGGCCCUCGAACAGUAUUUGGAAGGGCGAGAUGGGUUUUUGGAUGACCUAAAAAUGCACUUGUUGUGUGCUCAACACAAGAUGAAGGCAGCAGCUGAUUCUUCUCGUCGCCAUGUGGAAUUUGCGGUUGGGGAUCGAGUCUUCCUUAAGCUACGCCCUUACCGACAGAAGUCCUUAGCCCUUCGCAAGAAUGAGAAGCUAGCUGCUCGUUUCUAUGGCCCCUUUACUGUCCUGAAACGGAUUGGCGCAGUGGCUUAUUACUUGGACCUUCCCACAUCCUCAGCGGUUCACCCCGUCUUCCAUGUGUGCCAACUCCGUGCUGCGGUUGGUACGGCUCACUCAUCUCCUACCAUUCCUCCUACAUUGACUGCUGAUUUGGAGUUGUUGGUCGAACCUGCUGAACUUUUGAAUGUGCGUCAACGGCCUACACCUACAGGAGCUCCUAUGGAAGUGUUGAUCCGUUGGAAAGAUUUGCCUCUUUUUGAAGCUACUUGGGAGAAGUUCGACACCAUUACGGCCCAGUUUCUAGAUUUCAACCUUGGGGACAAGGUUCAGGAUUUUGGGGGGGUAAUGAUGUGA